CGGAGCGGCGCUGAUGGAGCCAGAAGAAGAAAACGUUUACGUCAACCUGGAGGACCUGGACGGAUCCAAACAGCAGCGACCCGAACGCGCCGGUACGCCUGGACGUCACGUCCAGCAGCAAACUGAUGGGUUUCAUGGCAAAAUUACUUCUUGAAUGCUAAUUUAAGGAAAAUCAGGGUUUUUAAUUUUAACUGAUGACAAUUAGGAAACAGAUGCAUCUGAAAUAAUUAGAAUAAUUAAUAAUUAAGCUCAUCUGAUACAUAGAUCUAUAACACAUAGAGUGUCAGUCUGGAGGUCCUGAUGAAACUACUCCACAUUCUGGAACAGACUUAGCCCGACAGCGUGGUGGUACAUUUUGUCCUUCCACUCAACUUUCUACAAACUUACUUGGAUAAUCAGUCUCUAUCAAAUGUUGAUUAUCAAUUUUAUUAUUGAUUAUUGGAGUUUGCGAUGUUCAUUAUUUUUUUGUUUUCUGAGCUGUAGCUGCACAUUUUAUGACUUUUUAUGUUUGUCUUCAUAAUAUUGGACAAACGGUUGAAUCUUUUCUCUGAGCGACAGAUUGAGGGACUGACGGUUUCAAUCUGCUGCUUCGUUCCAGAGAGAAAAGCCUGAAAAUAUGUUAAUUAAAAUGAUGCAGAUUUUAAAUCUGUCAGUUCCUCUGAUCCUCUAAGGCUCAUAUAUUUACAUACACUGUGGCUGCAGAUAACGAUUAUAUUACUGAUCAUUUGCUCUAAUUAUUUAACCAGAUUAAAGGUUUGUCACAUUCUGCAGGUUUUCAUUUAACCACAUAAACCAGUUUUAAACAAUAUUAACUAAACAUAAAUAAUUUUACUGCUUUAGUUGUUAAAAUUCAGUAUUUAGUGAAUGUUUGAUCAUCAACAUGUGCAAACUGGUUAUUGAUUAAUAAUCUGACAGUAAAAGAUGAUUAAUUUGGGAUUUUUCUUUGCAGAACCGGAACCAGGUGAAGAUGAAACCUGGUUCAGGUUCUGGACGGGUUCUGGGAGGUAAACCAGAGGGAGCCGCCUCUGAAAGGGGAACCGGAACCAGAACCGGAACCAGAACCGGAACCGGUUCGUGUUCUAAAGUUUUUCUGGGACUGCUGAGUUUCGUCCUGCUGACGUCGGUGGUGGCGGUCGGUUUCCUGUACCAGAGAGAUUUCAGCCAGCUGAGCAGACAGCUGGCCAAUCAGACGGCAGAGAGAAGCCAGCUGCUGCUGAGGCAGCAGAACCUGACCAAUCAGAGGGACCGGCUGGACGCCCGUCUGAAGGCGGCAGAACUUGAUCUGGACCGGAUGAGGAGCGGUUCUGUGUUCUGCCCUGCAGGAUGGAGGCGGUUCGGCUGCAGCUGCUACCUUCUGUCUUCGUCGAUGAGCAGCUGGGAAGGCAGCAGAGCUCAGUGUUUGCUGACCGGAGCCGAUCUGGUGACCAUCAGCAGCCAGGAGGAAAUGGAGUUCCUGGAUCAGCUCGGAGCCCAGCUGAAGGUUUGGAUCGGGCUGAAGGAAGCGAGCCGAGGUUCUGGAUGGAAGUGGACCGAUGGAAGUUCUCCAGGAGUCACGUUCUGGACGCGGCAGACAUCUUGGACCAGCAGAACCCAGAGCUGUGCAGCUUUUAACAGAGGCAGCCGGUCAUGGAGCGAAGAGUGGUGCUCUCAGCUGCUGCGAUCAGUUGUUUGUAGUUCAUCUUCCUCUGGGUUCCUUCAUGUUCUGUCUGCCAGCCUGAAGAACCAGAACCACGCUCCUUCAGGACAUUUCACACAUAAACAUCUUUUUUUGUUUGGACAUCACAGAAGAAAAAAACGUUUUGUCCAGAAAAUGCAUGGAGAAAACUCUGGAAGAACUCUGAAUGAAUCGCUGCUCGGAGUUUUUUAACCUCAGCGUCUUUCUAAAACUAAAGACCCAAUAAGAAACAUCCAGAUCUUCAGGAAACUGAAACUGUUUUGUCAGCAGAUCCAUCAUGUUUCUGUCUAUCUCCUUGUUUACCAGGAAAAGGUUCUGGAUGGUACCAGAGGCUGAGGUUCUGCUCCCUUCAUCUGUUUCUUUGUUUUGGAAAUUUUCCUGCACUGACUUUUAAAAGCGUGACUCUGAAUAUUUAACGCCCAUUGUUGGUAUUUUCUGCUGGACUCGGUCUGAAAGCAGAAAACAUCCAGUUCAGCCCAGGCAUGGUGCAUUCAGGGACUGUCAGGAAACGAUAUAACCCACACCACACUGGUCAUAAAGCAGACAAAUCUUUGAUUCUCAUUUAAUAACCUCAUUUUAAAUUUGCUAUGAAAAAGUUCUAAGAGUAAAAUUAUCAUAAAAAAUGAUUGAAAAGAUCAUUCUAACCUUUGAUUAGGCCACUGAGACCUUUCUUACAUCAGGCUGUGACUCCAUGAAUGAAAUGUUCAUCAGUAACUGGGACCAGAUUUGAUCUGUGGCUUCGUCUGUUUCUAAAACUGUCAGAUUUCCUUUAGAAACUGAAUUAUUAUCAUUUCACACUCGCUGUUGUUCUGCAUAAGGGGAUGCAGGUACAUCUUUAACCUCAUUGCAUCGUUCAUCCUCUCUCUUCUUCAUUUUGUGAUUAGAAAGGUGUUGUUAAAUGUGUGGCUCAGGGGCCGUUUGCGGCGCUUAAAAAACAUUUGUGUGGCCUCCAACCAAACUUCAGCAGCGGUCCAAACGUGGCCGUCCAGAGAGUAAACUGAUGCGGAUGGAAACGUUUUACAGCAUUCACUGCUCUGUUCAUAUCCCCAAAUUCCAUCCAUCCAUCCAUUUUCUUGCACCCUUGUCCCUCAGUGGGGUCGGGAGGUGC